GACGAGCUCGGCCCUUGUACCGCGUCGGGGCUACGGUUUGAGUUCUUAAUGUGUCAGGGCGACCGGCAACAGCAGUAAGUGUACCCAUCGUGAGUAAAGAACGCCUGUCAGACCGUACUCAGGUGGAAUUAGAACACCGUUAAACAUAAGCGUUUGGACGUCUUCCCAACCAGCCAAUGAGAGCGCGCCCGACCGGACCAAUGAAAACGCCUCCGUAGCUUGGUUGCUAAGAGACGUGUUUGCCUUCCACGUAAAGCGGGGCGACGUCCAGCGUCGUAAAGGAGCCCCCGGUGUCCCGGUAGCCGUCCGCCGCCAUGGUGAAGUUGAGGGCGAGAUGUCUGCUGGUCGGAGACGCUGCGGUGGGUAAGAGCGCCCUCUCCCACAUGUUCCACAGUGACGGCACUCUCUUCCAGAAGAACUACAGCAUGACGGCCGGAGUGGAGCUGCUCGUGAAGUGCGUCCUCAUCCCGGAGAGCAGCGACAGCGUGGAGCUCUUCAUCGUGGACUCUGCAGGGAAGCAGGCGCUGAUGGACGCCUGUGAGAAGAUGUGGGGCGAGCCCUCCUUGGUGUGUCUGGUGUUCGACGUGACCAGCGAGUCCUCGUUUACCAACUGCAGCUUCUGGAUGGAGCGAGUUCAAGCUCGCUGCCGAGGUCUGCACCUUCCAGGUGUGCUGGUGGGCAACAAGUCCGACCUGUCCUCCAGAAGGGAGGUCCAGGCCUCCGUGGCCCAGGAAUGGGCCCAGAGCCAGGGGUUGGACUACUACGAGACAUCGGCCAAGGAGAUGGAGAACUGUGAGGCGCCGCUCCUCGGUCUAGCCCAGGCCUUCCACGCUCUCUACCAGGAACGCCGCGAGGCCGUCCAGAACCUGAGUCCGGCUUAGAACCUUCCUCCGGUCCAGACUGGGACUGAAGUUGUUCUUCUCGCCCAUUCAUCUGCCCGUCUGUUCCCCGGUUCCUUCAUCUGCCCGUCUGUUCCCCGGUUCCUUCAUCCGGCCGUCUGUUCCCCGGUUCCUUCAUCUGCCCGUCUGUUCCCCGGUUCCUUCAUCCGGCCGUCUGUUCCCCGGUUCCUUCAUCUGCCCGUCUGUUCCCCGGUUCCUUCAUCUGCCCGUCUGUUCCCCGGUUCCUUCAUCCGGCCGUCUGUUCCCUGGUUCCUUCAUCCGCCCGUCUGUUCCCCGGUUCCUUCACCCGCCCGUCUGUUCCCCGGUUCCUUCAUCCGCCCGUCUGUUCCCCGGUUCCUUCAUCCGGCCGUCUGUUCCUUGGUUCCUUCAUCCGGCCGUCUGUUCCUCGGUUCUUUCAUCUGGCCGUCUGUUCCUCGGUUCCUUCAUCCGCCCGUCUGUUCCCUGGUUCCUUCAUCCGGCCGUCUGUUCCCCGGUUCCUUCAUCUGCCCGUCUGUUCCCCGGUUCCUUCAUCCGGCCGUCUGUUCCCCGGUUCCUUCAUCUGCCCGUCUGUUCCCCGGUUCCUUCAUCCGGCCGUCUGUUCCCUGGUUCCUUCAUCCGGCCGUCUGUUCCUCGGUUCCUUCAUCUGCCCGUCUGUUCCCCGGUUCCUUCAUCCGGCCGUCUGUUCCCUGGUUCCUUCAUCCGGCCGUCUGUUCCUCGGUUCUUUCAUCUGGCCGUCUGUUCCCCGGUUCCUUCAUCCGCCCGUCUGUUCCCUGGUUCCUUCAUCCGGCCGUCUGUUCCCCGGUUCCUUCAUCCGGCCGUCUGUUCCUCGGUUCCUUCAUCCGCCCGUCUGUUCCCCGGUUCCUUCAUCCGGCCUUCUGUUCCCCGGUUCCUAACAAACCAGUGAUCCAGUUGGUUUUCGUGGUCAAACUCAAUGUUUGUUUUGUCUUUGGGUCAAAACGUUCUCUGAGUUUCUCUUUAGCGGCUUGUUGUCGGUUCUUGUUUUUGUUUAUAUUCACAAAUAAAGAAGUUCUGAAAUCA